AUGGCCAAGACGGCGUUCAUCACCGGUGCCAACUCUGGCGUCGGCCUGGCCUUAACAACCCUGUUGCUCUCAAAGGGCUGGAAUGUCGCGGCGACGGCAAGAGAUAUUACGUCCCCAAAGCUUCACAGCCUGACUAGCGAGUCUGGGGUACUCAUGGUUCAGCAUCUCGAUCUCUUCGACGAGGCUACGUUCCAGCCAGCCCUAGAUGGCGCAAUCGAAAAGUUUGGAAAAAUUGAUGUCCUCAUCAACAAUGCCGGUUACAGUCAGCUCGGUGUCCUCGAACACCUCAGUAUCGAUGCCAUUCGCAAGAACUUUGAGGUCAAUGUUUUCGGGACAAUGGGACUAAUCAAAGCUUCUUUGCCACACCUACGUGAAACCACGGAUUCAAACUCCCCCUCCCGGAUUAUUUACGUCGGGUCGGGAGCGGCUCAUUUCGGGUUACCCCUACUCAGCCCUUACAGUGCCAGCAAGGCGGCAAUGAACAUCUUCAUGGAGUCACUCAUGUACGAGAUGGAAGCGGUCGACCCCCCGAUCCAAGUCAAGCUGGUGUGCCCACAUGGCGGCAUCAGUGAGACCAAUUUCGGCCAGACGUCGAUGCAGUUGGCUGGUGUGGAUCAGAUGGCGCCAGAGGUGCAUGAGAGAUACGGUGCCUUCAUGAACAGGACCAUGCAGCGGUUCGGCGCCAUGCAGGGCCAGAGCAUGUCGGCGGUGGACGCCGCAGAGACGGUCUGGACAGCGGCGACGGACAAUGAUCCGAUCCGACUGAGGUACUUUGUCGGACCGCAGGACGGCGGAGUAAACCUACAGCGGCGAAUGCGAGGCACGCAGGCUGGAGAAGACGCCAACGAGGUUGACCGGCGAUACAUGGAGGACAUGAGGGCUGCGUACAUGUGA